CCGUUUUUUCUUUCUUUUUUUCCUGGUUUGUGAUAAACUAUGCUAUUUUCUCUCCGUUUAUUCUUAGAGUGCAAAGUCUUUCCAUGUGUUUCUUUUCUAUAUUUUGACGAUAGAACGUUUUGGACCAAAUAAACAGUCGAGGCUUUUCCGUCAUUACUGGAAGUUCGUCGGAUGAAAUAAGUCCAGACACAGCAGCAUCAUGUCUGCAGAGCUGGACCUGUCCCCUCCGGAGGUACCCGAACCCACCUUACUGGAAAGCAUCCUGCGCUAUGGGUUGUUCCUGGGUGCCAUUUUCCAGCUGAUCUGCAUCCUGGCCAUCAUAAUGCCCUCAUCCAAGGGUCAUGAUCAGGAGGAGACUGAAUCCACUGAAAGCAAAACUGGAGAACAGAUGAAGAAAGCAAAAGGAGCGGCGCCUCAGAUUCGACAGAAACAAAAGAAGGAGAGCAAAAAGAAGAGAUAGAUGUUUAUGUGCCCUUUUGUUGUGUGUGUUUUGUCUUUACUCCCUGUUCUAAGGUUCUAAUCUCAUAUUACUACACUACAUCUGAGUCACUUCAGAAUGACCCUCAGCUUAAUCUCUACACUCAGCACACACACACUAAAUGACGUAGUGUGUGCUGAUUGUUAAUGAUUGCUGACAAAUAUUUGACAGUGUUUGGUUUUCCUUUAUCUGCUUUUCUUAUUGUAUGUGCAUUACAAUAAAUAAAAUGACCCCAUAACUACA